AUGUCCACCUCCGAGCACAACAACAUCCGACCUAGGUCCCGAUCUCCACCAAACGAUUUCUCCGACGUACCUCGUCAGAAGUUCGCGAUCGGCGACCAUGUGAAGUUUGUCGUGCAUGACACGGCUAAGCAGGACACGACCGAGCAGGACAACCCCAAGCAAGAUGCCGCUGAGCAGAAAACCGUCGAGCAUGACAUCAGCGAGCACAAUGCCGCCGUACAAGGCACAGAAGAGGUCCGAAUUCAACUCAGCGAGGUCGACCUAAGCGAGAAACCAAGCGCAGCAAGCACCCUCCUUCGAUCUUGCCAGGCCCUGAAACUCCACCUCCGCCGCCUCAUCGACCUCGACGACCGAUAUCGCGCUAUCGAAAACCCAUGGCACGGUCCGUCCAACCCGAUGAUCUUGGGCUGGGCCGUACAGACUCGAUACCAUGUGCAAUCGGUGUUGACCACAUUGGACCAGCACAUAGGAUCCUCACUGCGGGACAAUGAAGUCGACCACUUUACUUUCUACCCGCGAGAGUCGGAGCUCACGACCCUGAUCAGGGCCAUCGAGCGGCUUGAAGUUCAGCCUGACCGACUCGUUGGGCUUGAGCAAGUGGAGAGCGCGCCGUGGACCACUGUCGUCUUGAGUCAGUUGCAGAGACAGCUUGAGGGAUUGACUGUGAGAUUGUUGGAUCAUAUGGGACCGGUUGGCGGGAGGGAUGGGCAGAGGGAGUGGUAG